CCUUCAGCAGCACUGGAGAAGGGAUCGACGAGUAAACAACUCGAGUGCAUGGAUGAGGCUGCCGCGCGUAGCCUUUUUGACUCCCACACUAACUUCAUGGGAUGGCUAAGAAAGGUGGCAAAUCCUCUGGGGAUAUAGAAGAAGGGCCGCACCACUCUCACUCGAAUGACAGUGACGAAGAUAGCCUCUGUUUCUCAGACGCAGAAGAGCAUUCUUGGCAUUCGCCGUAUGGCUCCAACUGUGGCAGUUCCACUCACAAUGGCUGCCGGAUCUCUGGCGCAUCCUGCCGUGAGAUCAAGGGAUUUCAAGAGCCUUGUAGAAAAUCCUGUGUCUCACAGUCUUCGCUUGAUGAUGAUCUGGAGACUGGCACUACGAUGGUGAAGGUAAAUACUGAUAAGGGAGAGAGAGAUUGCAGGAUUUGUCAUCUCAGCUUGGAGAAGGCAGCUCCAGAGUCGGGAGUCCCGAUUGUGUUAGGCUGUUCCUGCAAGGGUGAUUUAGCCGCUGCCCACAAGCAGUGCGCUGAGACAUGGUUUAAAAUCAAAGGAAACAAGAUCUGCGAGAUUUGUGGCUCAACUGCACACAAUGUGGUUGGCGUGAGCGAGACUGAACCCAUAGAGCAGUGGGACGAAUCUAACAAUUCUACAGCUCCACCUGCUGCUCCGCCACCACCUUCAGAAAGUCGGAGCUUUUGGCAAGGGCAUCGUUUUCUUAAAUUCCUGCUCGCGUGCUUGGUGCUUGCAUUUGUUGUCUCCUGGCUCUUCCACUUCAAUGUUCCUGGCUGAAUACGAACUGGCAUAUGGCGAAAAAUGAGGUUAAAACCGUCGUCUCUCUUGUCACGGGUGUUUUCGAGUUUGUUUUGAGUGAAGGAAAUAUUCAAGCGAAAAACCGCAAUGACUAAGCCCUCCGGAAAGUGUUAUAUAUCUAUCAUCUGUGUGAUAUGGCAUGAAAACAAAGCUAAAUUUUGCAACCUUGUUGGAUGCAUUGGCCUUUGUUGAGUCUGCUACGAGUGUUCAAUUGGCAUAACUUCUCUUUUUUUAAUCAUUCUACUAUUGUUUGAAGCCACAUUUCUUAGCUGAAUGUUGAAUGCUUGUGAUGAA